AUGCAUUACCGUGAUGUGUAUGUGAGCGAGAGGCGUGUGUCGUCUGUACUCUCUGAUGAUAAAAGUACCCUCCACAGUGGUACACUCCCACCGCCACGCUCAUCCACUGCGUAUGCCAAUCUUCGCAAAGAACAGCAGGAACCACAGUCUGCCUAUCGGUAUCAAUAUCAUCAUCAACAGCGUUCUGCAUUUGACUGGAACAGCAGUUAUGGGGAGGCUGUCUACAAUAACACCUCACGUGAUGAAAGUAUGCAUGUGGAGGUGAUACGGUUAACAAAUCAGGAACGUAACUGUAGGAAUGUCCCACCAUUGCGAGUGCCGACUGUAGAGACUACUAGAAUAAGAAUGAUGGAGUAUAACCCCAACAACAAUAAUAAUAAUUAUAAUAAUAAUAAUAAUAAUAAUAAUAAUAAUAAUAAUAAUAAUAAUAAUAAUAUCUUGAGACAACACAGCGCCGGUAUUGUUGGUAGUCGUAGUCGUAGUGGUAGUAGAAACCAAUUACAAGGUGCUCCGAUCUUGGAUGAUACGUUUGAGGAGAUUUAUACCGAAGAGGAUGGUGUUCAAAGGAAAACAAAUGCGGUCCAUCAUGGGAUUGGCGGUUCCUAUGCUGGUGGUACGGUUACGGCUACUGGUGCUGGUGAGAGUGAUGAAGGGCCAUAUGCCUCAUAUGAAGGUGGGUAUGAAAAGGAGGAUUACAGUGAAGAAGAGGAAGAGGAUUAUGAUGAUGAAGAGGAAGAAGAAGAUGAUGUCCCACGUAUUCCUAUCAUUGCUGGUCAAGUUAAUGGGAGAGUAAUGCGUGAUAUUCUCUAUGGUACACCCAAGGCGGGAGACUCCUAUCAAACACGACAAGAAUCGGGAAGACAACACAGGGAUCAUUCUGCUGGCUAUGAACGAGAAUACUCUUUACCGGAGAAUGACUAUAAAGAGACAUGGUCGCAGGGUGGGACAGAGAUGGAAAGUCCACCUCUGCAAACAUUACCCACAGCCUCUACACAGCGACAACAGUAUGAGAUGACUAAACGGGAAAAUAAGAGACGAAUGUCAGAGUCAUCUCCCACACAUCGUACAUGGCAUCCCACACCAGAGAGUCCCCCGGAGUCCGGGAAUGUAGUAAUGACAAACACAGGUGCCUUUGAGCCAUUUACUGCAGCAGAGCAGGAACGUACACACAGACGAGAUACACGUUCAGCAGAGUUACACUACAGAGAGAGAGUAAGUAAGAAUCUGGGAUCUUCACAUGCGCCAUUCGCCGAUACUGCAGAUGAACACACAGAGUAUGUGCAUAAACGGCGACAGACAUCAAGAAGAAGAAGUGAGAGACAUGCCCCGUACGCACAUGAAGAAGGAGAGGAAAGUCCAAAACUGCGUAAACAGAAAGCAAAGAAGAAGAGACAUCAACAACACGAUGAGGAGGAAUAUAAUGAUGAACGUGAAAAUGUGGAUGAAGUGCAUGAAAAGAAGGUCCGUCGUACAAAGGGGAAGAGGUCUCUAUCGCCUGAAGAACCAUCAUCCACAUCCUACCCAGCACCAGAGGAAGAAGAAGAAUCUGCAGUAUCUCCAAAGGCACCGAAACACAAGAAGAAGGGGAGCAGCAACAGCCACAGUUAUGAGAGUGGAACCAAGUCAAACAGUAAAGCAGAGACAGAAGAGCAUAAGAUGAGGCGGAAACACAAGCGAAAGCAAAAGAUCCAGCAGAAAGAAGAAGAAGAGGAUGUGGAAGAAGAAGAGGUGGGACCUCAGGGAGUCGUGUUUACAGCCACUGAAGUCUGUGCGUCAUCAAAGAAAACACCGGAAAAAGAAAAAGAAGUGAAAAAAGAAAAGGUGUUUUGCGGUAGAUGCUUUGGAGGGUCUGCAAAAGAAAAGAAACAUCAAAAGAAAGACGAAAAGAAAGAUGAUAAGCAGAAUGCCAACACACAGACGCAGAAAAUAGUUGAGCAGCCAAGUCCCAAAGCGAAAGAGGAGGAAGAAAAGGCGAAGAAGAUGAAAGAAGAAAAGGAGAAGAAGAUGAAAGAAGAAGAGAAAGAAAAGAAAAGGAAGAAGAGGGAAGAGGAAGAAAAGAAAAAGAAGAAGGAAGAGGAAGAAGAAGAAUAUGAUGAUGAGGAUGAAUACGAUGAGGAGGAAGAAGAUGAGGAGGAACCCCUUGUAGAACCCUCAAACUCCUCAUCUUUUCAUUCCACUAUUGAAGAAACUGUAGAGGAAACAACACGACGCCGUACAUCCCUGCGCCGUUCGGUCCACACAGACAGAGACGCAUGGCGACGACGUCGUCAUAUGGAGAACAGCGGUGUAGAUAACUGGAGUGAUGUGGACUAG